AUGACAGCGACCUCUGGGAGGCCGGGUAAGCGCCAGUCCUCGUGGCCCUGCGGCCGGGGACCCAGCUCCGCGCUAGGGUGCGGUGCGGGCGUCCGAAGCGCCGACCCGCGGACAGAGCGCUUGGCUCGCAGCCACGCUCUUUUCUUUGGCCUCCUGAUGCGGAGUGGGGCUCUUCGAAAGACUCCUCCUCCAGGACCCACCCAGCGGCUGGCAGCUGGAGAGGGACCCAAGUCCACAUGCUUAUGCUUCCACCAUCGACUGGGCGAGAACCUUGGUUCCAGGGGAUCCUGGAGUGAAAACAUACUGGAAUAUUUUCUGAGAAAUAACCAGAUUACAACAAGAGAUGGUGCGGAGAUCACCUGGUAUCAUGCGGCUAACCACAAGGCUGUAAUGAAUGAAGCACUGAAAAGCACUGCUCACAUGAUAGAGGCCGAUGUCCUUCUUCCUGAUGAUGGAUCAGAAUGUGGCCAACCAAUCAUGGCCCAUCCUCCUGAAACAAGCAGCGACAAUACUCUGCAGGAGUGGCUGGCUGAAAUUGUGAAAAGCAAUAAAGGCAUCAAGCUGGAUUUCAAAAGUCUGGCAGCUGUAAAACCAUCCAUGAUGCUCCUGGAAAACGUGAAGAGGCAUCUGAAGCGUCCUGUGUGGAUUAACGCUGAUAUUCUUCCUGGUCCAAAUGGAAAUGGCAGAGUGGUGGAUGCAAAACUAUUUAUAGACACUGUGACAUCCUUCUUUCCAGAUGUGACAUUUUCCCUGGGUUGGACCACAGGAUGGCAUCCUCAGAAAGUCAAUGAAGGUUACAGCUGGGCAAUGGUGAAGGAGAUGGAAUAUAUAUGUAGAGAAAUAAAUCAGCCUGUAACAUUUCCUGUCAGAGCAGUGUUAGUCAGAGAGUCUUGUUCUCAGUUACUUUGGUUGCUAAAGAAAUCAAACAGGUACAGCCUGACAAUUUGGACUGGAAAAGAUGAUAACUAUUCCCUUGAAGAUUUACUUUGUAUUAGAAACUAUUUUGACAAAAGCCAAGUUUUCUAUGACAUCUUGGAACCACAAAACCAUGAAUUUAAACAAGCCAUUGGAAUCAAAGUUAAUCUCUAAGAAGAAGUGCUUAUAAAUUAUUUCAUGUGUCUUAUUUCAUAAGCCAUCUUUGCUUUGGUCUGAAUCAAUUACCAUAUAAAUUAUGAUUAUUGAUUUAUGCUCCAAUUCAACCAAUCAAAAAACACUUAUUCAGCUAUUAGGAAUAUAUUCUUACAAUACUACACUUAUCUAAAAGAUUUACAAAGAAGAGAUUU